AUGUCGGAGCUACGGCGGCGCAUCUUUGGCACCGGCGACAGCACGCCUGCCAGUUCACGCGAUGCCAGCCCGGCGCCGGCUGCGAAAGAGGCGGGCGGCGACGCGUACAGAGUGGUGCCAAAAGAGCAACUCGAUCAGCUGCGAACGAAGGUCAAAGGAGUCAAGGGGCGGAAGCGGCGGAACUUCUGGAUAUUUGCGUUGGGCGGCAUCUUCGGUCUACUGACGGCAGGCUUUUUCGCCGCGAAAGAUGGAGCUUUGGACCAGCUGGUGACUCUCGCGGGACUGGAGGAUAUGAACUUGGACAGUCUGUUGGAUGUGCUGCCGACGGGAGUGAUCCGAGAUGUGCGGGAUAUACAGUCUCGAGAAAAGAAUGCCGUCGAUUACGAUUCCUUCGCCAUUGGUCUCCAUGCACGGAAUGAGGGCAUACAAGCCAAGUAUCCUGUGAUCAUGAUUCCCGGUGUGAUAUCUACUGGUCUUGAGAGCUGGGGCACAGAAGAUCAGUCGAGACAAUACUUUCGAAAGAGGUUGUGGGGAUCGUGGAGCAUGAUGAGAGCCUUGAUCCUCGACAAGGCGAGCUGGAAACGACACGUCAUGUUGGACAAGAACACCGGCCUGGACCCGCCUGGUAUCAAAUUACGAGCUGCGCAGGGAUUCGAUGCAGCCGACUUCUUCAUCACAGGCUACUGGAUCUGGAAUAAGAUUCUCGAGAACUUGGCAACGAUCGGGUACGAUCCAACAAAUGCCUUCACGGCAGCCUACGACUGGCGAUUGAGCUAUCAGAACUACGAGAAACGAGAUCAAUACUUCACACGACUGAAGAACCACAUCGAGGUCGGAAAGCAUGUCAGCGGCGAGAAAGUGGUGCUGCUAUCACACUCCAUGGGAUCACAAGUGCUGUUCUACUUCUUCCGCUGGGUUGAAGCUGAGGGAUACGGCAACGGUGGACCGUCCUGGGUCAAUGAUCACAUCGAAGCAUGGAUUAACAUCUCGGGCUGCAUGCUUGGCGCGCUGAAAGAUCUUCCUGCUGUGUUGAGUGGCGAGAUGCGAGACACUGUGCAGCUCAACGCUUUCGCAGUGUACGGCUUGGAGAAGUUCUUGUCACGCAUCGAACGCGCUGAGAUCUUUCGAAGAAUGCCAGGGAUCUCAUCCAUGUUGCCUAUCGGUGGUGAGGCGGUUUGGGGAGACGAGAAUGGCGCACCCGAUGACCGACCGGGCCAGUCGGUCACUUUUGGCAAAUUCCUCAACUUCAAGGAGAUCAACAAUACCAUGACACCCAAGAACAUGACUGUGAGGGAAGCCUUGCAAUAUCUGCACAAGAAUACCGAAGACUGGUAUACCGACCAGAUCGAACGGAGCUACAGCCAGGGCGUGGCUCACACCAAAGAAGAGGUCGAAGCCAACCUCCACGUACCACACAAGUGGAUGAAUCCACUAGAAAGCAGACUCCCUCUGGCACCCAACAUGAAAAUCUUCUGCUUCUACGGAAUCGGCAAGCCAACCGAGCGCGCCUACUUCUACAGCGAGGAGCUCGACGCCAUGAACGAGACCUCAGUCCACAUCGACCCCACCGUCAACAGCCCCGAUGGCGUCGUCGACCACGGCGUCGUCAUGGGCGAAGGCGACGGCACCGUCAACCUUCUCUCUACAGGCUACAUGUGCAACAAAGGCUGGAAAAUUCCGCGCUACAACCCCGCCAACAUCCCCGUCGUCGCAUACGAAAUGCCUCACGAGCCCGAUCGAUUCAAUCCCCGCGGCGGCCCAAAUACCGCAGACCAUGUCGAUAUUCUGGGCAGAAGUUCGCUCAACGAUCUCAUUUUGCGUGUCGCUGGUGGUAAGGGACAUCUCAUUCGGGAUACCAUUUUCUCGAAUAUUCGCGAGUAUGCUGAAAAGGUUAAGAUUUUUCCUGAAGAGGGGGAUGAGAGAGUCGGUGAUGCUGUCUCCAACCAUGGAGACGAUACUACUAACACCAGGCUUGUACCUGAGGAAGGCACGACCACAGGGGAAACUAGCAGAGAGUUAUAAAUCGAUCGAUACGGCUUUUGGAGUUGGAAGGAGCGGGGGGGGAAUGCUUUCAGUGAAUGAAUGAUACCAAUGAUAGGCGAAAGAAGAAUUCAGAAAGUCGAGGAUUUGUAAAGAGAGAGCAUCGCGUUUGAAGUUGAGCAAGCCUUUAGAAAUUCCGGCCAGGAAAAAUUCCAGAUGGCCGUCUCACGAUGGAAUCCGCGCGACCUCUACUCCCCUCGUCCCUCGGGUCACGGUCGCUAGGUCCUUUAAAAGAAAGAAUCCGGAUCCACAUCCGAUAACCCCCCUCCGGCGUGUCGUCGUCCCUCUUCUACAUACAACCACCCUUCUAGGCCUCGAGGGGUCCCCCUCGGUCGCUAUAAGUGCCGAUAUUGUCUAGAGAGCUUCGCAUGUGAAGGUUACCGUUCCCGCAGUUUAGAAUCUCUGUAACCGGACAUUUGGGAAACCCCACCCUUGAAGUUC